UUUAUAUUGUUUUUUCUUGUUAUCACGCUCUCUUGUUUGAUCAGAAGACUUACAGAAAUUUGUUCACUAUUGUCUCCUCUCCUAGCCUAGCUUUCUUGUGGAUCUGUAAUAGCGGAAGCUAAUGGAGUUCUAUUUCUUCCAGAUGUUGUUGGCGAUCGUUGUGGUAAUUGUGACAUGGAUCGGUGCCAUAGCUACUAUUAAGUGGAUAUGGACUCUACUGAAGCAUUGGUGCCGUUACAUGGUUGAAAGGCGUGAACCAAUAUCUCAGGAUAAUCAAGAAUUGAUCGACAUCGCUACUGAGCCCGAGAGAGAAGAAGAAGAAAAGAUGUGGGAUCUCAGUGACUCUCCUGAUCAGGGAAACGAUGGCACCACCUCGGCCGCCGCACCGGUUGCUUCUUCUUCUUCUUCUCUAUCAUCAGCUGUUGAGUGGAAGUAUGAUGUGUUUUUGAGUUUCAGGGGUCCUGACACUCGCAAGGGUAUCACAUUUGAACUAUACGAUCGACUGCAGAGGAGGGGAAUUAAAGCAUUCAUGGAUGAUCGAGAUCUUGAAGUAGGGGAUGUUAUUUCUCCAACUCUCUUAAGAGCAAUUAGAGAAUCAAGGUUUGCAAUCGUUAUUCUCUCGCAAAAUUAUGCUUCUUCUACUUGGUGUUUGGAGGAACUUAGAGAGAUUUGUCUAUGCAUGGAAGACAGCAGUAGAAUCCUGCCACUCUUUUAUCAGGUUGAUCCUACUGAUGUUCGAUAUCAGAAGAGGAGUUUUGAAGAAGCUUUCACUAGGCAUGAAACCUCUGGGCGACAUGAAUCAGAGAAGGUGGAAAAGUGGAAAGCUGCUCUAAACAAAGUGGCCAAUAUCUCUGGGUGGAAUACAAAUGAUCAUAAGACUCACCAAGAACUGAUCAACUCCAUUGUGGAAUCUGUCUCCUGUAAAGUCUUACCUGCUGCAGUCGAGCCCAUGGGAGAGUUCAAAGAGUUUCAAGCAACGAGACAAGCCAUGAAUGAAGUUAUGCAGGCGCUAAAAGAUGAUGAAGUCAAUGCCGUUGGCGUGUACGGCAUGGGAGGCGUCGGCAAGACAACCAUGGUAAAACAUGUCGGUGCACAAGCCUGCAAAAAUGGGAUUUUUGAUCGUGUGAUUAUGGCUGUCGUUUCACAAAAUCCUAAUUUCGAGAAAAUUCAAGGCACAUUGGCAGAGCAGUUGGGCUUCAAAUUGUGGGAGGAGACAGAAAUUGGACGAAUUGCUAGAUUGAAUAAGGAAAUAAUGAGAAGAGAAAAACUCCUUAUAAUCUUGGACGAUGUUUGGGGGAGAACAGAGUUAUCAAAUAUAGGGAUUCCCAUCUACAAGGAACUUCAAAAGUGCAAGUCCAAAGUCCUACUCACCACAAGGAUAAGGAAUGUCUGUCAUGCCAUGGAGUGCCAAAAAAGGGUCACCCUCACUGUCCUCUCAAAAGAAGAUUCUUGGACUUUGUUUGUGACAAAAGCAAGAAGGUCUUUUGAGUCCACCAAAUUUGAGGAUGUGGCAAGGAGGGUAGCUGGAGAAUGUAGGGGUCUACCGAUAGCAUUGAUAGCAGUUGCAAGGGCACUUGGAGAUAAAGACUUAGCGGAAUGGGAAAAAGCAGCUCAACGACUAGAGAAGUCGCAAAUUGCCAACCCUGACCAUGAUGAAGAUGCAUUCAAAUGUAUAAGAUUAAGCUAUGAUUACUUGAAACAUGAAGACCACAAGUCAUGCUUCCUGCUCUGUUGCCUAUACCCAGAAGACCAUGACAUUCGACUAGAAAACUUGUUCAAGUAUGCAAUCGGGAAAGGAUUGUUUCGUGAUGCCGAAACAAUCGAAGAAGCCAGAGGAACAGCAGAUUCAGUGGUCAAGUACCUGAAAGAUUCUAGCUUGCUUUUGGAUAGCGAGAAAAAAGGAUGUGUAAAGAUGCAUGAUGUCAUCCGGGAUACUGCCCUGAAUAUUGCAAAAUCUAAAGAUGGGCACGGGUUUCUGGUAAAAGCGGGCUGUGGUAUAAAGGAUUGGCCACGCGGAUUACAUGAAGGCUGCACUGCUAUUUCACUAAUGAGGAACAGAAUUCGCAAGCUACCCGAAGAGUUGGUAUGUCCAAAUCUCCAGAUUUUAUUACUAAAACGGAAUGAUGAUUUGAACAAUAUCCCAGAAAAGUUUGUCCAAAGUCUGAAUGAAUUAAGGGUCUUGGAUCUUAGCAUCACUAGUAUUUCCUUACUACCCCAAUCAUUCAGUCUCCUUACCAAUCUCCAAGCUUUGUAUUUAGAUUUUUGCUGGAAAUUGACUGACAUUUCUAUAGUGGGAAAACUGAAGAAGCUUGAAAUUCUUAGUAUGAGAGAAAAUCGUCUUAGGAAAUUGUCAAGAGAAAUAGGAAAUUUGACCAAUCUAAGGAUGUUGGAUAUCCGUGCCGACAAACCAGUAGCUGGAGGUGUUAUCACAAUUCCUGUUGGAGUGAUAUCGAAGUUGCAUAGAUUAGAAGAACUGUACAUGAUGUACUGUGUAUUUGAGGACUUGGAUCAAGAAGAAGAAACCAAUAUUAGGUUUGAUGAGUUAGCUGGUUUAUCAAAUUUGCAAAUUUUGCACGUUUGCAUAUCUGAUGUAAAAUACAUACCUAAAGAUGUUGAGGUUCCGAAUUGGGUUUACUUUGAUAUACGUAUCAACGAAGGCUCAUGGGAUCCAUACGAUCAACAAGAUCAUAAUUCAAGAACCUUGGUUCUUCGUUUCACAAGCAUCAGUACCUUACCAGAUUGGUUUGUGAAUGCGGUGACAACGAAAACAGAGAAGCUAGCGUAUGACUGCUACCGAGGGAUGAGUGACAUUCUUAUGGAAUAUGACCACGGGAGGUUGCAUGAACUAAAGCAUCUCAUUGUAUCUGGUUCUCUUUUUGGUUCCUGUAAGUACUUAGAAGAGUUGAUGAACACAAGAAGACGGGUUCAAAAAGGGCCAGUAUUUGAGAACUUAGAAGAGUUGCAUCUGAUACAUCUGAUCCACCUUAAUGAGUUGUGUGUUGGUGAGUUACCACCUGGGUCUCUCAUUAAUCUGAAGGUGUUUCAUGUGUUUGGUUGUAUGAAAUUGGGGAACGUAUCAAAGUUGGUACAGAAACUACCAAAUCUGGAGAAACUUUAUUUAAACUAUAUGCGUGGAUUGGAAUAUGUGUUUGGAUGUGAAGUGGAUCAGCCAGCACAAUCAAAACUGAGAGAGAUAUAUUUGUUGGGUCCAAAUUCAGUGAAAAGCAUUUGUAAUGGUCCCGUCCCACGUGUAAUGUUCCAGAGUCUUAAAAGUUUGACCUUUUACCGUUGUGAGGUGCUGCAAAGUCUCUUCGCAUCUGAUGUAGCUCAGUGUCUUGUUCAAUUGGAAGACCUUUUUGUACAACAGUGUCCUUUGUUGGAAAGGGUAAUUGAAGCUGUGAACGACGAGAGACCGGUUCUUCCAAGAUUGAAGAACUUGGUUUUGAUGCAACUUCCUAUGUUGUAUGGUGCAAGUGCUACAGGUGAAAUUGAGUGUCCUUCAUUGGAACACUUGAUUGUGGUGGAUUGCCCCCAAUUUUCAUUUUCAAUCUCUUCCUCUCUCUUCUUCACCUUCAGAAGCAAGAACCGGUUUUCAUUUUCAACUUCUGCUUCUUGCUACUUUGGCAGCAGGAACAUAAUCAAACUCAAUGAUGAACAACUGUACAGCUUUCUACGUUACAGAUGGGGAGCACGUAAUGAAUCCGCUGACUUGCAAUGGUCCCUCAUCAGCUUCUGACUUCAAGACCAGGAACCAAGUUCAACAGUCAACACCAUGCUAAAAAACUUCUUCAAUUUCUUUCUUGAGGAUCGUUCUGAAUCUAUCCCAUGCAACAUCAGAAACCAUUAGAGUAUAUCUCACUUUUGGGCCUUCUAUCAGUACCCUUUGUCGUACAAAAAUACAUUCGAGGCUGGGCCCAACUACAUGUGUCAGGUCAUUCGGGUAGUCUAUGAGAACUGAGAAGAGACCAGGGCAGACACAUUCAAAGAAAAAGAGGAUCAACUCAGCGCUCCGAUUCAGUGCAUGGAGGUUGUACUCUACUCCCGUUCGUAAAUCAGGACUUGCUUGCUUGCUAAUUAAGAUUUAUGGAUUUAUAUAGGGUGCAAACUGCAAAGUGAUCGGUUGGUACGCUACUAGAGUUUGGUUUGAUGGCGACUUAAAUAAGAAUACUGCAAAGAUUUCUUGUAGUAGUCCAGGAAACUCGUUUGAGUGAAGGAUUCAUAGUGAAGGAUUCAUACAUGCUUAGGAUAAUAUAUUAGCACAUUUUGGCUGGCUGGAAGGUUUUGGCAAAAUCUCUUUCUCUAAAUCAUUUCUUCUCCCAUAUGUAUCUUUUCAGUUUUUGUAUUGUACAGUACGUACUUCAUUUUGUGGUUGCUUCUAUUUAGCACCUGAUGUCCUCAGCAGCUCAUAUGACACUUAUAACAGUUGGUGAUGUAGCUGAAGAUGCAUUGUUGAUUGAUCUAACUGAUGUGCCUAUAUAUCAGGAUGUGAAAAACAGCUUCCAAAGGGAUUCCAACAGCCAUCCCAUAAACCUCAUGAGAGUGAAGAGAUCAGUUGGCAUGAUCAGGAAUUCAAGAUUAUGUUUGAGCAAUUUCUUGCCCGCGGUAGUCAUAUACUUAAUUCUCAACAAUUCUCCCUAUGCAUCUCUAUAUAUACUGAAACCGUCUUGAAGUUUACUUAGCUAGUAUCUUGGGUGGAGUUUGAUUCUUACCCUCCUGUCUUACCCUGUUGAACAGAAUACUUACUAGUAAAAGCUCAAUAUACAAUCAUAGAUAAAUUUAGAGUGCAGUGUUGCACUUCCUUUAUAAUACUGCUUUAUUAAUCAUGCAAGUGCCAAUCAAAAUAGUCUUUAGCUUAGUUUGUUAAGAGUGUAUGUGCUAUCUCAUUAUCAUUUAUCUAUCUCAUUAUGUGCUUCCUUUAUAAUAUUGUUUCUUGUUUGCUCGUUUUCGCUAGCUUUGAUUUUGGGACAUUUGGUUCUCCAAAAUACUUACCAAAAUGUGAUUACAUUCAUCGGUCGAGAACUUGGUAAUAAUACCUAGUGUUCAUGGGCAGGAACUUCUGAUAGCCUGUAUCUACGGCUUAUGAGCGGAUUUUUGCUCAUUGGCAGCAUUUAGUGUUCUAUUUUAUCUUUUGGUCAAAAUGAUACAUGUAUAUGAAACUGUUGGUACAGCAUGUGUGUGUACUAGCUGAAAGGCUUUCCUUAAUUUACACUACGUUUAUUCUGAAAGAGGAAAAUCUGUUAAAUUUAAACAUGACAACUAUGGAAACUGUAGUAAGUUAAUGGAGACAUGGCUAAGUCGCUGAUGAACAUCAAUUGUUAAUGAUUCUGAUACCAUCUUCUGCACUGAGCUAAAGGUUGAAUUUUUACUAGCAUAGGUGGUGUUAUGCUACAUUGCUAUAGUAAGUUAAUCGAGCCAAAAUUAAGUGAUUGAUGGUUUUUAUAUUGUUGGCAUUUGCCUCCUUUACUUAUUUUGCAAUGCUUUACUUUCUUAUUUGAGCCUAUUGUAAAUUUUAAAUCAAGCUUGAAUCUCUUUUACUAUACAACACCAAACCCACAAAUUAAUAUUGCCCCACUUGGAUUAAAGGGAAGCAAACAAUCUACUUUGAUGAGUUUCCCUUCUUCCAGCUUCAGUUUAGUGCAUCUUAUUCAUUUUCUCCCAAGAAAAAAGUGCUAAUCAUUAAUUUUGAUAUUUUGUAUGGAUGUGAAUGUAGGUUGAUGAACUUAAACUGGGUUCAAACACAAAUAAUAUUAGUUGACUGUGACUCAAAACAGAAAGUAUUUUAUCUGUAGUCAAACCAGUGAAGUGUUUCAAUUGACUUGCUUACAUGAUCCUUUUAAGCAGAUUCUGGCCAGAAGGUUCUGUUCAAAACCUCAUUUGUUUGAAUUCAUGCUUCAUUAAUAUGUCUUUCAUUCUCUUGCUGUUGCACCUAAUCAUAGUGUUGGGCUGAAAACAAUAGAAUUCAUCUGGAAACAUAUAUAGAUUCAGCAAUUUUUCUGUUAUCUUUUCAUAUCAAAACACUAGAAACUCUGCUUGGUCAUCAUGAUGUUACAGCAACUACCAAAAUAUAGUUCGCUUGAUUCUCAAUUCUUGUUUCACCUGAUUUAUUGAUAACAAAGCAAUAUGGAAAAUUAAUUACUACAUUUUGAGUAUUUUUAUUUUUCAACAUGGGACUGGAAUAUAUAAUAUGCUUUUUGCCUCUACAUUCAGCAUUGCUAUUGUCAAAGAUAUGAUGGAUGGGCACGUCAUGAAUUUUGGGGCAAGGAAGCAGUUUAGGGACAGGAAGUUGUGUUGCCUUUUGCAGAUGCCAUAUAUAAGACAGUGGUCUACUUGCUUCAGUAGCAACAACCCCAGCUGUUUGUACAAUCAAACUUUUACAUGAAACCAUGAAAGCAGUGGUUUCCCGAGACUAAACAAAUGGAGAUUCACAAUGGCCGGAAAGAAGCAAGCAGUACCCAUCAAUUAUUUGGCAGCCUAGAAAGUCCGAUCCUUACAAGAUCCAUUUAAAAGCAUGGUGAUCACUGGAAGAAGAGUGGAAGCAGCUAGCUGAUAAAGAACUCUUGAGGCAUUGAGUUGAAGCUCCUUGUUGAUAAAUAGCACACCCACAUAUGAAUAUCUUGAACCAAUAUUAAGCUAUAGUCUGUACUUGCUUAUAUUUAUUGAAACUCCCAGGCCUUGUUUGCCAGGCUUAACAUUGUUGAAGCUGAAAGCAUGACGUUCCAGUUUAAUAUACUAGGAUUACCAUUCAGAAUAA